GGUUUAGGGUUUCAUCUACCUGGUUAAAUUUCCUUAUAAAAGCGAGAUUUAUUGAAAGGCUGCCGUUAUCACUGGUUUACGCAUAUAAUGCGGAAAAAUUCAUGAUUUUGGAGGUUUAAUUUCCCGGCGAUUUGUGUUUUAGAAGACUUUCUGCGGUCUGAGCUGUUCAAUUUAGUUUUUUUAACCAUGGAUAAUCGAGGGCCAUCCUCUCUCUCACCUGAAGAUCUGCUGUAUAAGGAGCUAUGGAAGGCAUGUGCGGGCCCACUAGUGGAUGUUCCAAGGGAUGGAGAAAGAGUUUUCUACUUUCCUCAAGGCCACAUGGAGCAAUUAGAGGCAUCAACAAAUCAGGAAUUAAAUCAGAGGAUUCCUCUCUUCAACCUCAAAUCAAAGAUUCUUUGUCGCGUUGUUCAUACUCAGCUAAUGGCUGAACAAGACACAGAUGAAGUUUAUGCUCAAAUCACUCUACUGCCUGAGAUAGAUCAAAGUGAUCCAACAAGUCCUGAUGAAUGCUUAGCUGAGCCUGUGAGGCCAACUGUUCACUCUUUCUGCAAAGUCUUAACAGCUUCAGACACGAGUACUCAUGGAGGAUUCUCAGUCCUCCGGAAGCACGCAAACGAGUGCCUUCCUCCAUUGGACAUGACACAAGCAACUCCUACUCAGGAGUUAGCAGCAACAGAUCUACAUGGCACCGAGUGGCGAUUUAAGCAUAUCUUCAGAGGUCAACCACGAAGGCAUCUGCUUACAACAGGAUGGAGUACUUUUGUUACGAAUAAGAGAUUAGUGGCUGGUGAUUCAUUCGUAUUCCUUAGAGGUGAAAAUGGGGAAUUACGUGUUGGAGUUAGACGUCAAGCUCGCCAACAAAGCUCCAUGCCCUCUUCGGUAAUUUCAAGCCAGAGCAUGCAUCUUGGAGUGCUUGCAACCGCAUCACAUGCUGUUUCAACUCAAACCCGGUUUGCUGUUUACUACAAGCCAAGGACAAGUCAGUUCAUCAUAGGGUUAAACAAGUAUAUAGAAGCUGUAAACAAUGGGUUUACUGUUGGCAUGAGAUUCAAGAUGAGGUUUGAGGGGGAGGAUUCUCCAGAAAGAAGGUUUACAGGCACAAUAGUUGGGGUUGAGGACAUAUCUCCACAAUGGAACUGUUCUAAAUGGCGAUCUUUAAAGGUCCAAUGGGAUGAAAAUGCAUCUAUCACUAGACCUGAAAGAGUUUCUCCAUGGGAGAUUGAAACUUUUGUAGCUCCUGUUCCCACAAGUAUCCCUCAACCAGUUGCACCAAAAACAAAAAGGCCUAGACCUCCAAUGGAGAUCCCUAAUCUUGAGCCUACAUGUUCAACAGUAUCAACUGUUUGGAACCCUUCUCAUGAUUCAGCCCAAUUAAGUUGUACCCCUGAAGGGCAAAGAGUUGAUAAAAACGGGUGUCUUUUAAGGACUCAAAUGGAGGUUGGUUGGCUAUCAUCAUCUUCUCCAGUAAAAGCAUGUAGAAACAUGUAUGGAGAUGAAGCCGAAGAUAGAAAGGGUCAAGGUCAAGGUCAAGGUCUGUCAGCUUGGUCAACUUACUCGCCUCGUGAAUCCAUCAAACAAACAACAAAUGAAUCACAUUCAGUUGAAAAAAAGAAACCUGAAAUUGUUUCAAGUUGUAGAAUAUUUGGUUUCGACUUAAAGAUCCAAAAUAUUGAGAAACCACAACCACCACAAUCCUCCAUUGAAGGAGGACAGGUGGCAAGCACUUUAUCAGCUGUAAUAUCGGACAAAGAACAAGAAAAGUUGCAUGUCUCCCCAAAAGAAGUUCAAAGCAAACAAACCACAUGUACUACACGUAGUCGUACCAAGGUUCAAAUGCAAGGGAUAGCAGUGGGUCGUGCAGUGGAUUUAACUGUGUUGAAAGGGUACAAUGAGUUGAUUGAUGAACUUGAAGAAAUGUUUGAGAUCAAGGGAGAGUUACGCCCAAGGAACCAAUGGGAAAUUGUGUUUACUGAUGAUGAAGGUGACAUGAUGUUGAUGGGUGAUGAUCCAUGGCCGGAGUUUUGUAACAUGGUGAAAAGGAUCUUGAUAUGUUCGAGUCAGGAUGUGAAGAAAAUGAGGGCGGGAAGUAAUAAGCAGCAGCAGAUAGAAAAUGAAGAAGCGGUUGAAAAAUGAUUUACAAGAGUGGAGUGGUGUUAAUUAAUUAAUGUUCCCCUUGCUAGGUUUUUCUUUUUUUUAAUUUUAAGAAAAAAAAAAAAAGUAAAAUUGUUUCGGGUGGUAUUGUCGGGUUUUAAGACAAAAAGUGGAUGAUAAAAGAGGGGUCGGGGUGGUAAUUUGGUGUUUAUUU